AGUGGGUAGGAGUGUGAGCAUGAGACUUAGGUCUACAGUAAAGGUCAUGACCGAGGUCAUGGUGAGAAACAACAGCCAGGACAGCCCUCAAAUUCAAAUCCUACCAGAGAACCCUGCUUCGGGUUCUCCACUCUUCUGAGACACCUGCAUGCUUCUGCCACAGCUGAAGGAUAUCCAGACUGAGUUGAAGGGACUUGGCUCAGGGAAGGAAGCUUGACUAGCAUGCUGGCUUUGAUUUUUGGCAUUUUAAAGUGCCUUGUUCCCCUGGGUCUAAACCCAGCACUUAUUUUUGUUUACAACAGUGAGUCCUUACCCUUUGGGCACAUCCCUAUUCCAUAGGACCUUCAUGCCCAUAGAAAGCUACAGUCCCUCCCCCCUAAAUAUCCCUGUUUUUUGUUUUGUUGUUGUUUUUUCAGAAGCCUGAACGUAACUUCUGAUUUGGGAACCAAGCCUCUGAAGUCUGGGCCUGCAACCCUGACAUCUGCUAAAUAUGAGGAAUUAUGAAGUGAUUGUUAAAUAUUUAAACAACUAAGGGAAACAGGAAGAAAUGAGAAACAAAAAUAUCCCCCAGAUCCGAGUCAUAGGAUCCACGCCCCUUGUGGUAGGCCAUGUAAACCUCAGAUCCAGUCAUCGUUUUAUGUUAUGUAGAGAAAAAGCUGUCUGUCUGAAGGUCCCAACUGCCAGCCACUUAAACUGGAAAGAACAGAACCACGGGUGGAGAGCCUCACACUUCCACUUUGGUCUGACCAGAAAUCGAGGACUUUACAAGGAUUUAGAGGCCAUUGGCAUAGCUGUGUCUAGAUGGCACUAUUGCUUUUUACUAGUUACUCUUUAGUUUUGAUUUUUCCACUAUUAUGUGGAAUAUAUGUAGAGUUAAGAUACACAAUCAUGUACUUGAGAGGACAAGGCAGAGGGAUUGUGAGUUCGAGACUUGCUAGAAUAUGUAGUUUCCGUCUUGUUUGUUUUCUUAGACAUGGGCUCGCUCUGUAGCAUAGGUUAUCUUAGAACUCAUUGUGUAGUCCAGCUUUGAACUUAUGGAGAUCUCUUACCUUAGCUUCCAGAGUGCUGGGAUUAUAGAUGUGAGCCAUUGUGCUUGGUUUAAAAAAUAUGUGUAUAUAUUUCUCAAUAUAUAUUACCUAUAUUCAAAUAUAUAGUAUAUAUAACCACAAUGUACAUACACUUUUUGAAAAAGUUUAGUUAUUUCAAAAGAGACCUAAGACCUAUCAUCUUAACCAUUUUUAAAUGUACAGUUCAGUAUUAAGUGUACUGACAUUGGUUCAGCCAAUCUGUAGAAGCUUUUCAUCUUGUGAAAGCAAAACCCUGUACUCACUGAAGAACCACUUCCCAUUCCCCCUUCUCCCAGACUCUAGCAAACUGCAGUUUCUGUUUCUAUGAUUCCACUAUUCUAGGAACCUCAUAUAGAAGAAAUCUAAGAGAGCUUUACCUGUGGUGAAUGACAUACUUUUAGCACAAUACCCUCAAGAUCAAUCCACACUGGAUAAGAUCUCAUUUGAGCUUUACUGGACCAGGCAGACUUCGUCUUCUUCUAUAAAGGCGACAGAAGACCCACAGCUGUCAAGGGACCUUCCUAAGCACCUGGAGGAGAAGGCCCCCACUCUCCCACUCCCUCCCCAGCCCACUCCUGCAGCCUUGCCAUGUUCCAGGUUGUUCUGGGUGCUCCUCAGCAGUUGCUGAAGGAAGCGAGGAAGUCCCGGCAGCUGGUGCUGGUGGUGGUGUUUGUGGCUCUGCUCCUGGACAACAUGCUGCUCACUGUGGUGGUGCCCAUUGUGCCCACCUUCCUGUAUGCGACAGAGUUCAAAGACGUCAACUCUUCUUUGCAUAGAGGUCCUUCUGUAAGCUCCCAGCAAGCUCUCACCUCUCCUGCCUUCUCUACCAUAUUCUCCUUCUUUGACAACACCACCAUGACUGCAGAAGAGCAUGUACCCUUCCAUGUAGCAUGGACAAAUGGCACCAUCCCUCCUCCAGUCACUGAAGCUGUCUCAGUACCUAAAAACAACUGCUUGCAAGGGAUAGAGUUCUUGGAAGAAGAAAACGUCCGGGUUGGGGUUCUAUUUGCUUCGAAGGCUUUGAUGCAACUUCUGGUCAACCCAUUUGUAGGACCUCUUACCAACAGGAUUGGCUACCACAUCCCCAUGUUUGCUGGCUUUCUGAUCAUGUUUCUCUCCACACUAAUGUUUGCUUUCUCUGGCACCUAUGCCCUGCUAUUUGUGGCUCGAACCCUUCAAGGCAUCGGAUCUUCAUUUUCAUCUGUUGCAGGGCUCGGGAUGCUGGCCAGUGUCUAUACCGACAACUACGAGAGAGGGAAAGCCAUGGGAAUUGCUUUGGGGGGCCUGGCUUUGGGGCUUCUGGUGGGGGCACCUUUCGGAAGCGUGAUGUAUCAGUUUGUGGGCAAGUCCUCUCCAUUCCUCAUCUUGGCCUUCUUGGCACUUCUGGAUGGAGCUCUCCAGCUUUGCAUCCUAUGGCCUUCCAAAGUGUCUUCUGUGAGUGCCAUGGGGACUCCACUUCUGACACUUCUCAAAGACCCUUACAUCCUGGUAGCAGCAGGUUCCAUCUGCCUGGCCAACAUGGGAGUCGCCAUACUAGAGCCCACACUGCCCAUCUGGAUGAUGCAGACCAUGUGCUCCCCUGAGUGGCAGCUAGGUCUGGCCUUCUUGCCUGCCAGUGUGGCCUACCUCAUUGGCACGAAUCUUUUUGGUGUGUUGGCCAACAAGUUGGGUCGGUGGCUGUGCUCCCUCGUUGGAAUGGUGGCAGUAGGAAUCAGCUUGCUCUGUGUGCCUCUGGCUCACAAUAUUUUUGGCCUCAUUGGCCCCAAUGCAGGCCUUGGCUUUGCCAUAGGCAUGGUGGAUUCCUCUUUGAUGCCCAUCAUGGGAUACCUGGUGGACUUACGCCACACCUCUGUGUAUGGGAGUGUCUACGCCAUUGCUGAUGUGGCAUUUUGCAUGGGCUUUGCUAUUGGCCCGUCUACUGGGGGUGCUGUUGUACAGGUCAUUGGCUUCCCGUGGCUCAUGGUCAUCAUUGGUGUCAUCAAUAUCGUCUAUGCGCCUCUCUGCUGCUUCCUGCAGAACCCCCCGGCUAAGGAGGAGAAGCUUGCUAUUCUGAACCAAGAAUGCCCCAUGGAGACCCAGAUGUAUGCAACCCAGAAGCCCACAAAGGAGUUUCCCUUAGGGGAGAACAGUGAUGAUCCUGGAAGUGAGGAGUAGCUGAAGAGGGUGAUACCUGUGCCCCAUCCCAGGUGACUCCAUAAGGCUUGGAUUUCAGUGACCACCUGCUCCCCAGGGACCAGAUCACUGUGGACCGUUUGACGGGUUUUGCUUUCCUUUCUUCUGGGUGUCUCCCUUCCCAGUGAUAUCUUGUCCUUACUCACCUGUGCAACCCACCAUUCUCCCUCUGUGCUGUGACGCCAUAGGUGGCCCUUUUUUUGUGGGAGGACAGUGCUACCUCCUGCCAGACCAGAGUGAGGCUGAUUGAAGUUGAGUUGUGACAAGUUCUGCAAGGGAUGACUCACUUCCUGCAGGCAGUCCUGAACAAUGUGCCUGCGAAACCAGAGGGACCAAUGGCAAGCCUGGCUUUGCUCUCUGGUUUUCUUUGACAUAUUUUCAACAGAUCAUGAGAUUUGAUCUCUGUCCUGUAAUUUGUUCCCCCUGAAUUUUCCGGUUGAGCUUCAAUAGAUAGUCUUUUGCUUAUUUUAAAAUAUGUAUAUAUCUUUAUGUGUAGGUGUAUGUGUAAAAUGACUUCACCCUCAUUAAAUAAAGCCUUCCUACUUUCUUCAUUACCCAACUGAAGGAAAACAAGCAGCUUUCUCAGGCUUGAAUUAUGUCUGUUUUUGUGAUUUCUCAUGUGUUUUUAUCUUUCCUGAACCUCUUAAACUCUUAAAAUAAAAGUAGCUGAAGGACAGAAAACAAAACAAAACAAACAAACCAAAAAGCAAGCAAAACCCCAAACCAAGAACAUUGCUUUAGA